UUACUAUUAAAUGAGUUCACAAAUUAACAUCCUCAUUGGCACAACAGGAAGUGUUGCUAGCAUAAAGUUGUCCGAGCUUGUUCUAAACCUCAAACAGAAUCCUAGGGUAAAUGUAAAAGUAGUUCCAACAAAGGCUUCAAGUUUCUUUUUUAAAGAAAAAGAUAUCGAUGCUCAGAUACAUACUGAUGAAGAAGAAUGGGCAAUUUGGAAAAAGAAGACAGAUCCAGUUCUUCAUAUUGAUCUUCGUAAUUGGGCAGACAUUAUGCUUAUUGCGCCACUAGAUGCCAACACACUGGCCAAAAUUGCCAAUGGGCUGUGCGACAACCUAUUGACUUGUAUAUUGCGAGCAUGGGAUAUAAAGAAGCCUGUUGUAGUCUGUCCGGCCAUGAAUACCAACAUGUGGAAUCAUCCUUUUACGGCACAACACCUAAACAUACUCCAGGAUGUUCUUCAUUUUAAAGUAAUUCCACCAAUUAGCAAACUCCUUGCUUGUGGUGAUCUUGGUAUUGGUGCAAUGGAAGAGCCAGGAGUAAUAGCUUCAACUGUUAUGACCAUUCUAUUAGAUAGUCAAUCUGACACAAAAUAAAUAAAUAAAUAAAAAGAAUUGUGUGCGACUAG